AUGUCUUUUGAAGUGGGUGGUAAAUGUUUGGCAUUCCAUGGGCCUCUUCUGUAUGAAGCUAAGAUCUUGAAGAUAUGGGAUUCCGAACAAAAGAAGGUUGAGACUUUGAAUGAUGGUAGUGUUACUGCAACGGUGGAGGGAAGUGACACGGAUGAGGUACCCGUGGAAUUGGCUGAUGAAGAUUGUUAUUUCAUUCACUACCAAGGUUGGAAAUCCACAUGGGAUGAAUGGAUUGGGUCUGACAGAAUCAAAGAGUUUAAUGAAGAUAACGUGCAAUUGAGGAAAAAAUUGGUGGAAGACGCUAGAAAUGCUAAAAAAUUGCAACAGAAACGUAAAUCAACAGCUAGUGGGGCCUCCAGUGGCCCCAAUAGGAAGAAACACGCAUCGGCAUCAUCAUCAUCAUCAUCAUCAUCAUCGUCUGGUGGUGGUGGUGGUGGUGGUGGCUCUAAAGACGAAUCCUCAAAGAGAUCAACGUCUCCACAACAAAACAGUAAUUCCAAUUUGAAUAGUUACAAUAAACAAAUUAUAAUACCUAUCUCAAAGAUUACAGUACAUAUCCCUGUAAAAUUGAAGUCGAAGUUGGUAGAUGAUUGGGAAUUCAUUACAAAGGAUAAAAAGAUAAUAAAAUUACCACAGACUGAAAAUAAUAUCAAUUUAAUCUUACAAAAUUUCAAAAAAUAUUUCAUCACAAAGAAGACAAACCAAUUAAACUCAUUAAUCAAUCAAUCACUAAUGGAUGAGUUCAUCGUUGGUAUGAAAUUGUAUUUUAACAAAAUUUUACCAAAGAUCCUUCUAUACAGAUUGGAGAGGUUACAAUACGAUGAAAUCUUGAAGAAACAUGGUAAUAACAACCUGGAUCUUUGCAAUUUCUACGGUUCCAUUCAUUUACUAAGACUGAUCAGUAUACUGCCAGAAUUGAUCUCAACAACAACCAUGGAUGAACAAAGUGUCUCCGUGAUCGUAAAACAUGCAGAUAUCCUACUAAGUUGGCUAAGCACCGUGGAAUUUAACAAUUUUUUCAAUUUCGACAAGAUCGAUCAGGAUGGCGAUUCCUAUUAUAUAAAUACAUCCAGCCAGUACGAAGGUGUAGCCCUAGGUAUGUAA